UUGGUUAAUCCCGUCGUUUUGUCCCUGUCCCCCCGUCGGUGCGCUUUUGGUAACUCCCUGAGAAUUAAUAUUGCAACCCCGGGGGAAACUGUUCCCGUCGCCUGAUUUCAGAACCUGUCCGGAGUCGUGCAGGGGUGUUUGAAAGACAUUUUCAGAAAUUUCGCGGUUUGGGGGUUUUCCAAUAGCUACUGAAUUACAGCCUGAGGGGCCUGGAGGGGCGUAGAGUUGUACUAAACCCACGCGAUUCUCUCACAUAGCUGAAUUCAUCAGUUCAACUGUGUGUCUUGGCGGCGUCAACUAAAGUCCAAGACGGAGGAAAAAGUCAGAAGGCGCAGCGGUGCACAUCAUUUCGACGGGUAGUUAUUAAGUUGGCCAACUGACCUUAAACCCUGGGUUCAGUGUGUGGCACUGAAUCCAGCAAGCACGUCCAAGAGCAAGUGAACGCCAGGCAGAGGAGGAGAUGAAACCUGAUGGGGUUGCCACGACUCCGGACGAUCCAGUGGAGGUCUUGGGGGCAGCGGAGCCCGUAGCUGCAGCCACAGCUAUGGAAGAUGAGCCUCAAGCAGACCAGACUCAAUCACCGCCACAGCCUGAAGAGACCAAAAAUGAACCGCAACCAGAAAUCCCAACAGAGCCCCCGGCGACCACGGAGACCAGUGGCAAGUCGACAGAUCCCAAAGGCAAGGGCAAAGCAACGGUGAAGGGAAAACCUGGCACAGUGGGCAACAGGACAAAUGGCGCUCCCAAUGCAGGGUCAAGGCCCAACACAGCUCAGAGCCGAUUGGCUAACGGGGUCCAGAGAUCAUCUGCAAACGAUGCGGCGAAGAAGACCUCCACCACUGCGGCGGAGAGGAAGAAGCCCACCUCGGCUACUGGACCCACAACUCCAGCUAAAAAGCCAGUUGGUACCGCUGCAACCACCACUUCAAAAACCCAGACCAAGGUGGGAGAGAAGAAGCUGAUAGGGGUCACCAGACCCCCGACAACCUCAUCUGCACCCAACGGGGCGAAAACGGCGACGGGACCUGGCACACCAACCAGGAGGCCACCUACUGGAAAUGCUGCAGCAGCAACCAAGCCAAAAACCACAGCAGCUCCCAGGACUGCAAACGCAACUGCUAGCAAACCGAGUGCUCCUGCUGCACCCAGGGCUGGAACAGUUCCCAAGACAACCAGGCCUGCCACAGCUCCAGCUUCCCGUCCUGCUCCCUCUGCCGCUACAGCGAAGGGUGCAACCAAUACAAUCAGGCAGCCUGCAUCAUCCAAAAUAGGAACUACAGCACCUUCUGCUGGUCGUACGGCAACAGUACAGCCUUCCAAGCCCUCAGCCACAAGUGGUGCUGCUAAAAGAGAUGUCAGCAAGCCACCCACCAGUGCACCGGCCAAGAAACUGGCUGCUCCGUCCACUCGUCCCCUGGGUGCCAAACCUUCCAAACCUGAGCCACCCAAAGCAGUCAGCUCCAAAGUUGAAACAGCUGCCAGACGACCUCCCCCUACCACCAGACCAGUUGAACCCAAAACACCUCGACCCAAACCAGCUGAAACCAAGACCACAACCAUCCGCAAAGUCCCCACCAGUCCUCGUAAUGCAGCUUCAAAACCUGGACUCAGCAAGACCUCCGCUGCCUCCCCAGGCCCCAAACAGGCCACAAAGCAACCAUCUAAACCUAUGCAGUCAGUUCAGCCUCUCGCAAGAGAACCUGACAAAGAGUCUACAGAACUUGCGGCAGCUGCAGCAGCUGUAGCAACUGCUGCAAUAGCAACAGCUGUCGCUGUAGCAGCCAGCAGUGGGGUUCCUGAGGUUGAGGCAGCUUUAGCUGUAGGUACUGAGGCAGUCUCAGGUGAUCAGACCUCUCUUACUGUUGCAAGACAGGAGGCUGCUGAGUCACAGGUGCCCAUGACAGAAGUCCCUGGUUUAGAGCCUGUAUCACCUGCAGAGCCAGCAACUGUUGAAAUUCCAACUGAGGCUGCAGCAGCUCAAGUGGGAGCUCCUCCUGUGGUAUCACCACCAGCUGCCCAGGCCCUUUCACCCGAUCAAGGCUUAGAGGAUGUAACAGAAAAGAAGGAAACUUCAGCCACACAGGAAGCAUUCAAGGAGGCUGCUUUUCCAUUUGAGCUCCCAACACCAGCCUCAGUGCCCCCUGUGAGCCAGGUGGUGGUAGAGAAGGCAGAACAGGAGAUCAACAAUGAUGAUGAAGAGGAGGAAGAAGAGAAAGAGGGCAGUCAGCAGGUGUCAGUGUCUGAUAUGAGUGGCACCCAACCCACUGAGGAGUCCCGACCUGGAUCAGCAGGAGUGGCAGGAUCAAUGUGGCGUGCUGGUGCCUUGCUCUCAGAGUUUGACUCAGAGGAUGUGAGCUGCAGCCAGCAGGGGGCAUCAGAGCUGAGUGCUCCAGGUGUCCUGGAAGGCACAGAAAGCAUGGAUGACUUGGGUGAUGCCAGUCUGAAGGGUGCUGAUGGUGAGGGGGUGUCUGCAGGAUCGCCAGACUUUGAGAAGGUCCCUGAUAUUCCUGCCAAUGAGGACGAAGAGGAUGAGGAUGAGGAUGACGAAGACCGUGUUUGUGACAUGGAGGUGGGCUCAGAACGUGCAGAAGACCCCCGUCAACAGCGCCAAGAUGGUGAUGAUGAAGAGGAAGACGAAGAUGUGGAGAUGGCUAGUGAAGGCGUGACUGAGAGCGGGCUAGAGAGUUAUGGGAAUGCUGAUGAGGAUGACUUUGCUGAAGAUUACAAGCUGGACAACCUAAAUCGUGUCCAACCACCUCCUGUGAUCCCCACAGCUCCCCCUGCUGCACAGUGGGCCCAGACAAAUCCAUUUGCUGAUUCCUGGGCCCAGCCGCCACAGUCUGCCUCGAUGUUCCUCUCAAGUCCAACUUCUGACCCCUGGCAGGGAGAUUCUGAGACCCCUACCCAGUCUCCGGCUCAAGCGUGGCUGGAGAUGGGUUCCUCUGAAGGGGGGUCAUCUUCUCCACACCCUCCAGCCCAAACAGAGCCCUCAUCCAAGCCACCUGAAUCUACCACCUGUGGGGACACUACUGGUUGUAAGCCUGGUCUUGUACCCCCAACCCGUGGCAUGUCCCAGUCCAGUACCCUAAGUGGUACUGAGCUAGCUGCUCACAGCAGCAGUGACACGAGUACUCCUGAAGAGCUAAAGGAGUACAACAGUAACUCGGGUGUGGAAAUCCACUCUGAAGGCCAUCAGCAACAGCCGACUCCAGUUCCCAAUGAACUCGUUCCUGGUGUUGUGCCUGAUAUUGUGCAGGACUUGGCAAUUCACGAAGAACGCAUAAAGGAAGAGGAAGAACCUGAGACCCUGCCUGCAGAUGAGGUACUUGGUGGUACAGGAACAGCCCCCACCUCUGCACCAUCUUCAUCCUCCUCUGCCACAGAGGAUGAGGUCAGUGAGACAGAGGGUGAGAUGCAGAUCAGUGAGCCCCAAGUUGGCAUCUGCAAUGAGGGCUUUGAGGCACCACCUGCUACCCAUAGUCUGUCUGCUCUGGAAGAGCAUGAAGAGAUGGGUGGGGAGGUGGAGGGGGGCAGUGACACUCCACAAUCUGCCACGUCAGCAGCGUCCUAUGGCUUUGACUGCACCACCUCCAAUUCCAAUGCCCAUUCUAUGGCCGAGAGCUGCGGCAAAAGCCCCGGUAUCUUCUCCCUGGAGAAUGAGGAGCAGCUUCCAGAAGAAGCCAAGGAUCCAUCACUCAUCAAGGAACUUACCUUGACAUCUGAGUCCACCCCAGAGCAACCUGUCCAGGAGAAGAACCUGCUAAAUCUGGAAGGGGAGGAGCAACACUACAUGCAGUGUGGGAAAGCAGGUGAGGAGCUUCCAGAAUCAUGCUCUAUUGGGGCUUUGCCUCUAGAUCCUGGUAUGGUUCCCUCAUCCUCCCCUCAACACCCUGCACAAGACCAGGACCAAGAUACCCAGCCUCCAUAUUACUCAGCUAUAUGCGAAAAGACUGAUAGCUCCUUGGCAGGUAACGUAUAGAUCUGCACUUUGAAAUGCACCUUCCACUAUCUCUUGAUGUCGUAGUUUGUCUGGGUUCUCCUUAGCCCUGGUCAAUGUCUUAAUAAAGUGAAACAAUGGGAGAAAAGGGUAAAAUUUAAGAAUGGAGGGAAGAAGAGAUUUCUAGGUCAAGAACAGUGGUGCCAUGCCCAAUAAAACAUCGCUAUUACAAUAACAAUUACAAAUAUAUGGCUUAAAAUUCCUGUAUGUGCAAUAGCUACUAUUUACUAUAAAACAGUUGUCUUUUUAAUACAUAGUAACACUGCAUAUUGUUCAAAACUGGCAUGAAUUGACUGGUUUGUUGUGAAAUUCCCUUAAAAACAAAACAAACAAACAAAAAAAAGAAAUGAAACAAGGAACUGUGGAAUGAACUUUUGAUCAUCUUCUGUAUUUAUCCAAGCCUUUUUAUUGAAAAAAAAAUUGCUUUUUUGGUUUUGUUUUGUAUUGAUAUUUGUUUGUCUUUUCUUCCUUUUGGAGUCUACUGGUAUUUUGUCCUCCAUAACUCUCCCCAUUCAUCCCUUCUUUCUCUCCUGCACUUUAGGGUCAGUUCACACUGUACCCUUAAUGUUUUGCUCUUAUUUUUUUUUUUUUGAGUACUUAUUAUUUUAGCUUUAAAUAAAGGUUAGAUAU